CCCAGCAACGGGCCUGGCAAGUCAGGGCUGCGCCUCCGCCCCCCGGCCCGCCCUGCUGCCGCCCGUCAGCGAGGGUCGCUAUUCCCUCUGCCCGGCCGGCCGCGGGCACGGGGGCCGAGGCUGCCCGCUCGCCUGCCGCGACGCUCCGCCACCCGUCCUCCGGGCCGGGGCUCAGGGUGUAUGCAUGGAAGGUGGGGGGAGGCUCUUUAUUGGCCUCGUCCUCCCCCCCUCUUUUAUCUUCCACACUCCACCCAGAAAUGAUCCAGUGAAACUAGGAGGAGGUGAAUCUCCUCCUCCCUCCUGCUGCUGCUCCUGCUGGUCUGGAAGGGACUGCAGGAAUCUCUCCUCUGCUCUGAGGCAGGGUCUGAGGAGCGGAGACCGCUCUGUGGAGAGGGGGCGGCUGUGGCCCGGGGUGUAGCUCUCCGAGUGCGCGGCGGGGUGCCUGGGGGGCUGCUUGGUGCCUUACCAUGGGGAAGGACCAGGAACUGCUGGAAGCUGCUCGCACUGGGAAUGUGGCUCUGGUGGAGAAACUCCUCUCUGGGAGGAAAGGAGGGAUCCUGGGCAGUGGAUCUGGAGCUAUUCCCUUAUCCAGCUUACUGAGCAUCUGGCGAGGACCAAACAUAAACUGCACAGACAGUUCAGGUUAUACUGCUUUACACCACGCUGCUUUAAAUGGACACAAGGAUAUUGUUCUCAAAUUACUUCAGUAUGAAGCAUCAACUAACGUGGCAGAUAAUAAAGGUUAUUUUCCUAUUCACUUGGCUGCUUGGAGAGGAGAUGUAGACAUUGUGAAGAUUCUCAUCCAUCAUGGACCAUCACACUCCAGAGUGAAUGAACAGAACAACGAAAACGAAACAGCACUGCACUGUGCAGCUCAGUACGGUCACUCAGUAGUCGCUGUGCUCUUAGAGGAGCUAACAGACCCCACAAUAAGAAACAACAAACUAGAAACACCUCUGGAUUUGGCAGCACUUUAUGGACGUCUGCGUGUUGUAAAGAUGAUCAUCAAAGUACCCAACUUGAUGAACUGUAACACAAGAAAGCACACCCCUCUGCAUCUCGCUGCGCGCAACGGCCACAAAGCUGUCGUACAGGUGCUGCUGGAGGCUGGGAUGGAUGUCAGCUGCAUAAAUUACCCCUUGGUAUUCUAA